AUGUCGUCUGGGACCGUUACCUUUACGGCGCCUCUAUCCCAAGGAUUUGGCUACGGCAUUAUUCUGGGACUGGGAUUUGCCUUUGCACUGCUGAUGAUCUUUAUCACCUGGGCGUUGAAGAGAUACCAGAAUGAAGUUCAGACCUCUGAAAUGUUCUCAACGGCCGGACGAUCGGUCAAGUCAGGUUUGGUUGCUGCUGCAGUCGUGAGUAGUUGGACAUGGGCAGCGACACUGCUUCAGUCUUCAGCAGUGGCAUACAAAUAUGGCAUUUCGGGGCCCUUCUUCUAUGCUUCGGGUGCAACGGUUCAAAUUCUCCUCUUCGCAACUCUGGCUAUUGAGCUGAAGCGCCGCGCACCCAACGCCCAUACCUUCCUUGAAGUGAUCCGCGCCCGCUAUGGCACCACUGUGCACGUCGUCUUCAUAGUCUUCUGCCUCAUGACCAAUAUUCUCGUCACGGCCAUGCUACUCACCGGUGGCUCGGCUGUCAUGACUUCCUUGACUGGCGUAUCUACCCCGGCGGCCUGUUUCUUGCUUCCCAUUGGUGUGGUGCUGUAUACUAUCUUUGGAGGUAUCAAGGCAACCUUUAUUACCGAUUAUCUGCACACCGUGGUUAUCUUGGUCGUGAUCUUCCUCUUCGCCUUCUCGGCAUACGCUACCAAUGCGGAGCUGGGCUCGCCCGGCAGAGUGUAUGAUGCUUUGGUGGCGGCUGCAAAGGCUCAUCCUGUUGAGGGUAAUGCCGAGGGCAGUUAUUUGACUAUGCGAUCUAAGGAAGGUGGCAUCUUCUGGGUUAUAAACUUGAUUGGUAACUUUGGAACUGUCUUCCUUGAUAACGGUUACUACAACAAAGCCAUUGCCGCAAGCCCAAUUCACGCUUUCCCCGGCUACGUUAUCGGCGGACUGUGCUGGUUCGCCAUUCCCUGGCUCUGCGCAAGCACCCUCGGCAUCUCAGCCUUGGCCCUCGAAGGUUCCCAGCGUCUCAGCAGCGACGACGUGACAGCCGGUCUCGUCCUUCCCUUCGCAGCAGUCAAACUUCUGGGCUACAGUGGAGCCGUCGCAACAACACUCAUGAUCUUCAUGGCCGUCACGUCCGCUUUCUCCGCCCAACUCAUUGCUGUCUCCUCCAUCUUCACUUACGACAUCUACCAAGCCUAUAUCGAGCCCUCUGCCAAAGGCAAGAAACUCGUUUGGAUCUCCCAUGUAUCCUGCAUUGUCUACUCAAUCAUCAUGGCCGGCUUUGCAACAGGCCUCUACUACGCAGGUAUCGGAAUGGGAUACCUCUACCUCCUCAUGGGCGUUAUCAUCUCUUCCGCCGUCUUCCCCGGCGCCAUGACUCUCCUCUGGAAAGGCCAGAACUGGAUCGCCGCCGCCGCAUCCCCACCUCUAGGUCUCGCCGUCUCCUUGAUCGCGUGGCUAGUCACAGCCAAGACACAAUACGGAAUCCUGACUGUGACUACCACCGGAGACAACUACCCCAUGCUGGCAGGCAACGUUGCCGCCCUACUAAGCCCUAUCGUCUUCGUCCCGAUCUUCACCUACGUCUUCGGUCCCCAGAACUACGACUACGAAUCCAUGCGUGCAAUUCGCAAAGUCGACGACACAGAAGUCGCCGUCGCUGCGUCCAUCGACCUAGAGCUCGUCCCCGGUGAAUCGGGCCCGUCACAAGAACAAUCCGAGGAAGAAAUGCGCAAGCUGAACAAAGCAGCCUUCUACUCGCGCACAUUGACUAUCUUCAUGGCCUUCGCGAUGUUGAUUCUCUGGCCGAUCCCGAUGUACGGAACCUCGUACGUCUUCAGCAAGAAGUUCUUUACUGGCUGGGUUGUUGUUGGGAUCCUGUGGCUGUUCUGUACUCUAUUUGGGGUCGUGAUCUUCCCGCUUUAUGAAGGUCGCGAGAGUAUCGUUCGGGUUGUGCGUAUGAUGAGUCUUGAUCUUAUGGGUAAGAAACCUGGGCUUCACGAGGGGAGGAAAACGUACGACUCGCAACCUUCGGGUGUGGCGACGCCUGCGGAGCAGGUCGAGGAGAAGGGCAAGGACUUGGAGACUUAUUGA